AUGCAUCUAUUUGAUAAAUUACGAGCAAGUUUACGACGAAAACCAAAUAAAAUAGAAUUAACAUUAUCUGAACAAAUUGAAAAUUUAUUUAAUCAAUCGCAUAGAUUAGUAAAUGAUCAUCGUUUACAAUUACUUCGUUUAGUUUAUGAACGUCGAUUACAACAAUUCCAUGCAUUAAAUGUUUCCUUAAAUGAUUCAAAACGUCUUGAAUUUGAACGAUCGAUAUUAAACAGUCUUCUUGCCAUUACAUCAAAUUUACCUCCGAAAUCACAUUCAGUAUUUCGACGUUCAUCAACUUUCUACAAAUCAAUGCCACUAGCGACAUCUGUACAUAUAUCAAAAAACAAAAAUCUAUGGCAAUAA